AUGAAACAAAGCGAGACUCAGCAGGUUGAGAAUGAAGCCGCUAAUAUCGUCACGGACGACACCUGGCGGAUCGAAGCGUUGAUUAAGGAGAUGGAGCAUGAAGACCAAGCAAACCCGCAGAGGCCAGGAAGGUUCGAAUUCUCCCCUAAAAGCUCCUCGCACAUGACCUGGUUCAUAGCCGCGUGCUCCUCCAUGGGUGGCCUUCUCUUCGGCUUGGAUCAAUCUUUGAUCAGCGGCGCGAAUCUUUUCUACCGCCUGGUGAACGCCGCAAUGCCCCUUGGAGCUGUGGGUGGUGCUAUCUUGCUCAUCCCUUCGAAUGAGUAUCUUGGACGACGCAAGGCGAUCAUCCUGUCGACGAUUCUAUACACUGUAGGCGCGGCGCUGCAGGCAGGCGCAUUCAGCUACGGUUCGAUCGUCGCCGGCCGCGUUGUGAUGGGACUGGGCGUUGGUAUCGAGACAGGAACAGUGCCCGUCUAUGUUGCCGAGACGGUCGAAAGUCGUUUGAGGGGAAACCUGGUCUCCCUGUAUCAGUUCAAUAUCGCCUUGGGGGAGGUAUUUGGCUAUGUCGUUGCGGCCAUCUUUCUCCACGUCCGCGGCAACUGGCGCUUCAUGCUAGGCUCCUCCAUCCUGUUCUCCACGGCCAUGUUCUUGGGAAUGUUGAUUCUCCCGGAGAGUCCCAGGCAUUUGAUGCACAAGAACAAGACCCUUCAGGCUUUCCGAGUCUGGAAGCGCCUUCGCGACAUCACGUCUCCUGAGAGCCGGCAAGAAUUCUUUUUGAUGAAGGAAGCCGUUGGCACUGUGGCCAGUCAGAUGCAGGAGAAGAAAAACACCGCCCGCUUCGUCUGGCUUGACUUCGUAACCGUCCCACGAGCCCGUCGUGCAAUCAUAUACGCAAACAUCAUGAUCUUGCUGGGUCAAUUUGUCGGUAUCAACGGCAUCAUGUAUUAUAUGGGAGUCCUCAUGACGCAGAUCGGCUUCAGUGAGGCGAACAGCACAUACAUGUCCCUUGUUGGAGGCGUGUCUCUCUUUCUCGGCACAAUUCCAGCAAUCUUUUAUAUGGAACGUUUCGGCCGUCGAUUCUGGGCUUUGACUAUGCUCCCGGGGUUCCUCAUUGGGCUCGUGAUCACCGGAAUCAGCUACCUCUUCAGUCCAGUCAAGCAGGUUCAGGCAGCGGAGGGCUUGUAUCUCACUGGUCUGAUCGUCUACAUGGCCUUCUACGGACCAUAUGCGUGCCUGACGUGGGUUAUCCCUUCAGAGGUCUACCCUACGUAUCUGCGGAGUUAUGGCAUGGCAACGUCGGACGGAAUGGUUUUCCUCGGCUCCUUCAUCAUUACCUACAACUUCACCAGCAUGCAGGAGGCCAUGACCAAGACGGGCUUGACAUUGGGCUUCUUUGGCGGGAUUGCGCUGCUCGGAUGGUUCUAUCAACUUCUCUUCAUGCCCGAGACCCGAAAUCUGAAGCUGGAGGAAAUAGAUGCUGUCUUUUCGCUGCCCACUCGCGAGCUGGUGAGGCGCAAUUGGAAGAGCAGCGUCCAGACGGCUUCGAACAUGGUACACUGCCGGCGUGCAUCUGGCACUGUGGACAGUGGUGGUCGGCUGGGCGGACAAAAUGAUUAG